AUGCCGUCGAUAUCCCUCACCCUUCGCACGGCGCGCACCUUUUCGCGAAGCACAACAAAAACAUACCUCAACCUCUCGCGCUCCUUCUCGUCGUCUCUCCGCCGCAAUGAGAUCAACAAGGUUUACCCAAGUGCCGCAGCGGCCAUCGAAGACAUGUCAUCCGACAGUACGCUUUUGUGCGGAGGCUUCGGUCUUUCAGGUGUUCCAGAUACGCUCAUCCACCAAGUAAAAAGCACACCAAAAAUCACAGGCCUCACUGCUGUAUCUAAUAAUGCUGGCGUGGUUGGGGGAGGUCUAGGUUUAUUGCUGGAAAGCAAACAAGUCAAGAAGAUGAUUGCAAGCUACGUGGGCGAGAACAAGGUCCUCGAACAGAUGUAUCUGACUGGCGAGUUGGAGCUGGAACUCACACCCCAAGGCACACUAGCAGAGAGGUGUAGAGCCGGUGGCGCCGGCAUUCCAGCUUUCUACACACCCGCUGCUUUCGGCACCGUUGUGCAGACCGGCGAAUUAGCACUCAAGCAUAACAGUGACGGCAGCGUAGCACAAUACUCGACACCUCGCGACGUCAAAGUCUUCGCUGGCAAGAGCUAUGUCAUGGAAGAGAGUAUCAAGGGCGACUACGCUUUUAUCAAAGCAUACAAAGCCGACCGCCUGGGAAACGUCCAGUUCCGCUUCUCAGCACAGAACUUUAACGGCGCCAUGGCUCGCAAUGCCAAAGUAACAAUCGUAGAAGCUGAGCACAUUGUCGAAGUCGGUGACAUUCCACCAAACGCCGUCCAUGUCCCAGGCAUCUAUGUCGACCGCGUAAUCCAAUCGACGGCUGAAAAGAAGAUUGAAAAAGUCGUCAACGCAAAGGACCCUCAGGAAGCGGUUUCUGCCUUGGGCGCUGGCGACGCAGCCUCGAAACGCGAACGCAUCGUCCGUCGUGCAGCCAAGGAGUUCAAGAACGGCAUGUACGCCAACCUCGGGAUCGGCAUGCCUAUGCUCGCUCCUUCCUUCGUUGACCCCUCUGUCGAAGUCCAACUUCAAUCCGAAAACGGCAUCCUGGGUCUCGGUCCCUAUCCACAGAAGGGUCUUGAAGAUCCCGAUCUCAUCAACGCGGGCAAAGAAACCGUCACACUUCUCCCUGGCGCAUCAUGCUUCGGCUCAGAAGAAAGUUUCGGCAUGAUUCGUGCUGGUAAGAUCAACCUGACAAUCCUCGGCGCUAUGCAAGUUUCUGCAAGAGGCGACCUGGCAAAUUGGAUGUUGCCGGGUAAGGUCAAGGGCUUUGGUGGUGCUAUGGAUUUAGUGUCGAAUCCGCAGGCCACCAAGGUUGUUGUUACCAUGGAACACACCGACAAGAAGGGAAGGCCGAAGAUUCUUAAGCAGUGCGAGUUUCCGCUUACGGGCAAGGCGUGUGUAAGCCGGAUUAUUACGGAUUUGUGUGUGUUCGAUGUCGACUUUACCGAGGGCUUGACCCUGGUUGAGCUUGCGGAUGGUGUUACCGUAGACGAAGUGCGGUCGAAGACUGGUGCAGAAUUCAAGGAAGCAGCGGAGAUCAAGCCCAUGUUGUAG